CAAGGUUGUUCCGAAGGGUUUCUAGCACUUCUUGGAGACGCGGCGGGAUUAUGCAGUCAAUUUUCAGUAUGCACAAGAGAAAACUGCCUGAGGAUGCAUAUGAGGAGAGUGAGAAGAAGAAAAACAAGCGCGACAGUCCAUCCAUUCCAGAAAGGUCAAACUUGGCUGAAAGUGGCAUUGCUGGGCCCAUUCAUGGAAAUUCUACGGAUUCCAAAGCCAGCAAGGCCCCAAAGGUGGCCAAACUCAUGAGAGCCUUAGAUGAUCUUCUCGAUGAGAAGGAUGAGAUGAUAGGACUUGUCGGCGAGCAGGCUUUCAAUGAAGCUCUUAAUCUUAGAGCCUGUAUUCAGAAGCAGGGAUUCGAACCUGACACAUCUGAUCUCAGGAUCUCCCGAGAGUCUCCGCCAAAUCGCAGUUCAAACCUUCCAAAGUCCAUGUCGGGCUAUACCAUCUCCCCUUGGAAGUCUUCUGAGAUACCAAAGACUUUUCCACCUCUCCCAAAGGUUCUUGACCCGACCCUUGAAGCUGCAGCCUUCAUCCAUCAUGGUGUCAAAGGAGGCAGGGUCACGGAUCUCAGUUACGAACGACUUGAGUGGGUUGGUGAUAGUUAUAUUUAUGUAGCAUCCACACUGCUCGUCUCCCAAACCUUUCCAUCUCUCCUCCCGGGCAAAUGUUCCCAGCUUCGCGAAAAGCUUGUUAAGAAUGUUACGUUAGCCGGCUACGCACGCCAGUAUGGCUUCGAGCAGCGCGCCCAGUUGCCCGACGCCUUUUUAGGAACAUCGGCUCAUCCAGCCAAAGAUGCAGAAAGAACCAAAAUUUUGGGAGACAUAUUUGAGGCUUAUGUUGCUGCCGUUGUACUUUCGGAUCCGGAGGAUGGCCUCACACGUGCCACUGCAUGGCUAAAAGAUCUUUGGGGCAUGACAAUUCAGAAGGAGAUCUUAGAAGAGGAGAAGAAUGGCAUCAAGAUUGACAGCCCGUUGUGGAGGCUUAGAGGUAGCAGAGGACUCGAUGAACCAUCUGCUUCGAUGCAGCAACGUCUGUUCAAUCCGAAGGAGAAAUUGCAACAGACGCUGGGAGCUAGGGGUAUCAAGCUUGAGUACAAAGAUGUAGGACCACAGAGGAAGGACAAAGAUUCGAAAUUAACUUUGUUUACGGUCGGCGUUUAUCUUAGUGGAUGGGGAGAGAAGGAUAAACUGCUGGGGACUGGCACUGCAACCGGGAAGAAGGAUGCGGGAAUGAAGGCAGCUGCAAAGGCACUGGAGAACAAGAAGGCCAUGAAGCUGUACACGGAGAAGAAGAAAGUCUUUGAUGCACAACUGGAGUUGGAGCGACAGACUUUGGAGAGGCAACAGCAGGCCGACACGUGAAGGAUGGCGCUUGGGUACAUGUUCCGUUGAGCCGCAUUUGUUGGAGUUGGACAUUUUCUUGUCGAUGAUACCCAGGGAUGCUUUAAUCAGGAAAUUAGACUGGUACGAGAUAUGGUAUGGAAAUGAAUACAGUAUCGCAUGG